AUGUCGGAAGAUAGGGAAGAAGGACUUGACAGAAGUCUGCGACGUGCUGGUGCUUCCAGCGAGGCUCGCGUUCUGCCGAAGAAACGAUUCACUUCUCUAAUCCUCGAACACAAAUUACAGAAGGUACUAACUAGAUUGAUGGAAGUGGUUGGUAGCACGGCUGCUGUCUCUCAGCUACUCGACCAAGUGAUCACAAUCGUCCAAGAGGUUCGAGACGCAAGACCAAGAGCGUAUGGGGAAUCAGCUCGCCUGGACGGGUAUAAAGACCAAGUUGCAUACUCCAGUAAUUCGGGAGCAAAGCGAGGUAAGCAGUACACACAUGUGCUCAUAAGCGGGGAAAGAGAAGAGAAAGAUCUCAACAAUGCCAUGACUGGAUUAGACCGAGCAAAAGUAGACCUUACCGCACGAAUUAUCACAGCACACGUUGGACUGAACGGUGCAAUACGCACAGGCUUCGCAGCUGCCUUCGUAAUCAUCCAGAGGGACGAUCGGAAUGUUCAAAAGGUCCUUGGCGAGAGACUUACUAUUGCCGCUUGGCUGGAAGGGCUGAGUCCGGAUGGAGAUAGUAGCGCCAUGAUUUCUCUUACGGGUGAGGAUGCUAAGGUGUUGAAUCUCGUAGAAAAGGUGUCCUGGGUUAAGAAUAAGGCAUUUGAUGGUGCGAACAUGGUCACAACACGAAUUUUGCUCUCCAUUGGAAUGUGGAUGCGGAGGGUCUUGCAACUAUCCUUCGCGCAUGCCGAGGAUAGUAACAUGAUUGGACUGUUUGGUACAGGCCCAAAGGCUUCAGUUAUUGCUUUAUGUGCAUUGCAAAAUACUGAUUACCACCAAAAACUUUAG